AAUGAAUGGUGCAACAAUUUUACUCGCUUCAUUAUUCCUUAUAAUUGUCAAUCUUUCUGUCUUUACCGAAGUCGAGUCUUUUUUAAUAUUGCCUGGUGGUCGGCGUGGACGACCCGGACGUUCAAUUUCAAACCAAGACUAUAGAACUAAACGUGUUGUUGUGUAUCCUAUGGACUGGCCUACACAUUCUUAUCGACCAGGACGUUCUGUGCCAGACCAAGACAGAGCUAAACGUGUUGUUAUUGGUCACCCACCUCGAUUUGGACGUUCAGUCCCAAUCUAUGAAGUUAGAGCUACACGUCAUGCCACAGCAAUGGAUUCAAUCAUUGCACCGCCAGAAAAAGCGCGACUUGCAAGAGGUGAUUAUUUUUAUUCACCCUAA